AUGAGAUAGCGAAAACAAUGCGCAAGUUCGAUAUGAAAUCACUAAACUCAUACAGAUUGUACUAAUCAGAAUAAAAAAUAAAAAAUACCAUGAUUUAAUUACUGCAUUUUACGCGUCAUCACUGUAACAUAAUUUAGUGACUCCAUUACCUGUCAUAGUGCACCGUCUCGCCGGUUCGUUUCGUUUCAUUCUGUUUGUUCGUAAACAAAAACAAUCCGUGAUCAGUUUUAGAUUUCAGUCGAUAUUUCGUUGGUAAAUCGAAUUCCUUGCUAGCCAGUUUGUGUGUGCCAGAAUGGACUCCCCGGAAACCCCGGACUUCCGAAAUUCUUCUCCGGAAGAAGGAUUAAUUGAAUACCUUGAAGAUGAUAGUGAAGAGGUGUUGAAUUACGUGGAUCCACUACAAGAUGACUACGACAUCGAAUCGCUUGAAGACACCUAUAAUCCUCUGGAUGUUUUGAUUGACUCCGUUGAUGAACCGUCAACAUCUAAACAAGCCCCAGCGUCAAAAAAGGUGAAACGAAACCGCUCUCGCAACUGUACAAUUCUUGAGCUACCCGUAGGUGCCGAUGGUAAAAAGCUCAGAUUUCAAGCAGAUGUUUGCCUGAAAAAGUUCAAAAACCAGAAGUCCUACGAGAAGUGUGGUGCUAUCAAUGUCGAAGGCGAUUCUGCUAGUGAAAUUGCCAUGGAAGUUUGGAAUUGUUGCUCCAAAUUCACACAUCGCGCUGUUCGCUUUACUGAAUCCACCGAUUUGCGGAUUAUUGCUUCGUGGGAGGAUACAGUGCCCUGCUUCGAAGAGUGCGAUCGAUUCUUGGUUUUCAUGGACAAGUCAGCCAAGAGAAACCUCUCUCCAUCGAAACUUGAAAGCAGGCAUCUUGUUAGUUGGUUAUCGCAUGAAAUGUUGGUAAUCGUGUACAAGUACUCGGAAACGGUAACGACGCUGGAGCAAUGGAACCAAGUGCAGAGCCAACUCCUUCGUCCUCUCGAAAAAGAUCGAUCUGGUGCGGAAUCGGUGGCUUCAAUCAAUCAGCUGAAGGAAGAGCUUAAGCAGUUCCAUGGAAAAUAUUUGAGCGGAGAUGACGUGAAUUGGGGAUGUUGGGCGAGUUGGAUUUCGAGUAAGCCUUUGGACCAACGUGAAGAUCUGAAAAAUCAAGCUCCACCCGAACAUCUCAUCAACCUAUUCAGCAGCGUUCCAGUUCACAGCGAUACACUAUUAGAGAGGGCAAGACUUGACCUUCAGGUGGCCAGCACAGUUAACGGAGCUUAUCGAAAAGUGCUCCAAGAGUUGAAAAAUGAUCACCAACAACUUAGCAGUAUUGUCAAAAUCAUGGGCGAACGAAUUUCAAUGUUGGAGAUAAAGCAAAACGAAUACGACGAGAUGUUACAGGCAAUGAGGAAUGGUGUGGCGGUAAAAGAAACGAGAUUUUCAGUUGAUUUGGCAAGGAGUGUUACGGAUUGCUUGGAUGUGGACCAUAAUGAUAUUUGAUUCAAACUUUUAAUGAGGUUCUAAAUUAAACCGAAAUGGGUUAUUUUUGUUUCCAUGAAGUAAAAUUGAAAAAGACGUUUUAUUAAAAUCAAUGCUCCUUGCUCCAAUGCUAUUUAUUCAUUCGAAAUUAUCAUGUCUCAAAGCCAAAUUGCUUCAUAUCCUGACCAAGACCACGACUGGGAUCGAAUUGCCCUCCAGCUAAAUAACCACAUUUACCAAAAAUUUUGGAACAGUCAUAAUUUUUGAAAUGACGUAGAGCUGCUGCGAUUACUGCUGUAAGGUCCUUUCGACUGUUCUCAACGUAUACACGUUUCAGGUAUUUUUUUAGAUAUCCAAAUAUAAAUUCAAUUGGAUUAUAAAACGGUGCGUAUGCGGGUAAAAAUACGACUAUUAUACCCAACGAUCGAAGGUAUUCGACAAUUGACUUGUGGCAAUGAAUACGUGCUCCGUCUAAGAUCCACAAAGAGUACUUUCCAGGACUCCGCUGCACUUGUCCUGAUGUCGCAAACGCUCGAACACACUUGAAGAAUUUCUCUCGGGUGAAUGUUCCUUCCGUCGAAUACGUUUCAAGCAUUCCAACGUACCCAAUAAAACUCAACAUUGAACAGCGUGGUCGACGUACGAAUUCACCUCUGUAUACAAGUUUUUCUCCAACAGCAUGCGUAUUUGAA